AUGAAUCGUCAACCUCAAAUCGUGGAGACUUUUGUGAAGAAAGUACUGGCUCAUCUAGAUGAGCCCGAUCCAGCAAAGUUGGAACAAUUCCUACAGCUAUUUAACCCACAUCAGUGCAAAAUAAUAUUCAAUUCCCAACCGUUUGGACAGGCAGUGCAAUUCCUUCAGGCAUGGCAAACUGGAGUGGUACUGACGCAGCACGUUAUCACCGCGGUUGAUUUCCAUGUGAUACCAGGUACCGGAACCUUACUAUGCAAUGUGAACUGUAAAGUUAGAUUUGACGAAAGUGGGAAGGAUAAGAACGGCCAGGAUAGCACAGUUCCAGCAAAUAGUCAGGAUUCACAGUCCCGCCCAGGUCAGGGAUCGAUUAAUAGUAGAUCACUGGAUAAACCAAGACCUAUAUGGGGUACCUACUAUGGUGUCUCAUUACAGCUAGUGCUUGAAGAUCGGAUUUUCACUAACGACUUGAACGGAGUGAUAUCUAGCAUGAACUACACAAUAGUAUUCAAACCAUCAGAUUCUUUGAUGAGCAUAUAA